AAACAUGUUUGUCCUUGCUAAAAUCCAGCUCUUGCUAACUUCGGUUGUGUUAUGUUCAGGGAUUCUUUUAACGCACCAUACGGAUUGCGGUAGUCUAGGGACCAUACACUCGAUCCAACUUGAGCCUUGUCAUAAUGAGCCCUGCCAUAUUACGGAGCACACAACCUAUACCGGAACUGUUAAUUUCACAUCAGGCAUUAACAGUCAGACAGCAACAAAUAAGGCUACUGCAGAAAUCGUGGGUGCCUGGCCCGCUUUUACCGUCGGCCAGCCGAACGCCUGUGGACACGGUAUCACGUGUCCUGUUGUGAAGGGGGAAACCUACACUUACACAGUUAGCGUAACAUCGCCCGAGUUCAAGUCCCAUGCAAGAUCGGUCGCCAAGUGGAUGGUCGAGGGCGACAAUACGGACGAAUUCAUUAUAUGCUUUGCAUUUCCUGUAAUUCUUGGUACCCAAUAAAAAAUACUAGUU